AUGGAUAUUAAUUUCUCUGAUCAAACUUUACCAGAAAUUGUUGCGGAUCUUCUUUCUCAUGAUGAAGCAGUAUAUAAAAAAGUGUUAGAUACAUUUUUUACUGAGGAUGCAACUUUAUCUCAUCCACUAUUAAAUGUUUAUGGAUCUCAUAACAUUCGUAAAGUUUUUCGUGUUUGGGCUACUUUUAAUAAACAUGAACCUGAAAUCCAAAAUAAAGAAGAUAUAGUUUUCGAUGGAAUUACUGCUGUUAUAAAUAUAAAACAACAUAUAUGUCCAAGAGUUUUCCCUUUUCUUCAUUUUGUCGUACCUACUAUAACAACUCUUAGAUUUCGUGAAGAAAGAGAUGGAUAUUAUUAUAUUUACAGAAUGGAAGAUAGUUGGACUCUUGAAGGUCUUUUUCAAAGUGUACCUUUAAUUAGUUGGUGUUAUGAAACUAUCGUUCGUAAACUUGUCUUUGGAAAAUUAAUUACUGGAACUGGUUAUUUAAUCGAUAGUGCCUCUUCCUAUAUGAAAAAUAAUUAA